GCUUAUUGUCUCGCGGGACCGCCGCUGGUAGACGCGCUCUCGGGCGGCUCUGGCUGGGGAAGAGGAAUCGCAUGUGUCGCUUCAGCUGGCGGUAGUGGCGGGAGCGGAGGCGGCGGAGGCUGUGCGACCGCCUGGGUUUUGAAAUGGCUGCUGACAUUUCUGAAUCUGGUGGACAUGAUUGCAGAGGAGACCAGAGGAGCAACACCAAGUUAGAUGCAGAUUACCCACUUCGAGUCCUUUACUGUGGAGUCUGUUCAUUACCAACAGAGUACUGUGAAUAUAUGCCUGAUGUUGCUAAAUGUAGACAAUGGUUAGAGAAGAAUUUUCCAAAUGAGUUUGCAAAACUUACUGUAGAAAAUUCACCCAAACAAGAAGCUGGAAUUAGUGAAGGUCAAGGAACAGCAGGGGAAGAGGAAGAGAAGAAAAAACAAAAGAGAGGUGGAAGGGGUCAAAUAAAACAGAAGAAGAAAACUGUACCACAAAAGGUUACGAUAGCUAAAAUUCCCAGAGCAAAGAAGAAAUAUGUAACAAGAGUGUGUGGCCUUGCAACUUUUGAAAUUGAUCUUAAAGAAGCACAAAGAUUUUUUGCUCAGAAAUUCUCCUGUGGUGCCUCAGUAACAGGGGAGGAUGAAAUCAUCAUUCAGGGAGACUUUACAGAUGACAUUAUUGAUGUCAUUCAGGAAAAAUGGCCAGAGGUGGAUGAUGAUAGCAUUGAAGAUCUUGGAGAAGUGAAGAAGUGAUUUUGAAAAUGUGUCUGUAUUUAAUGAUCUGAACUGAUUGUUGGCCAAAGGGAGAGAGGCCUUUUAAAAAUAUAUAUAUUUAUCCUACAGUAAAACUGUAGCCUACCCUCACCCUUGGCAUUUUCACUGUUCUGUACAAGGCUGCUUGUUUUUUGGUGUGUUUUUUUUUUAAUUGCCAAAGUCUAAUAAACAGGAGAGACUGUCAUGCAUAUGCAUGAGAUAGAAUUUAGUCAAAUAAAAAAUUUUGGUCAUUUGGUACUGACUUUUCUCUUUCUUUUUAACUUUUUUGGAAAAACUAGAUUUUCUGUGGAAAGUUUUUCUGUUGAUUAUUUUUAAAUAAUCACAAUUUAAUCAAAAAUGAUUUUUUUUUUUUUUUUAGCUGAGUGAUAUUUUAAAGAUUUGAAUUUGGCUUCAUCACCAGUAAUAACUAUCUCCUUGCUUCUUUGGUGUGGUAGUUUUGAGAUGCUUGAAUAUCUCAUGGAUCUAUGGUUGAAUUUGCUUCAUGGUCACCAACCAAGUUCACUUUGUGGGCAUAUUAACAUAUUGUUGGUAACAGCUGUUUAAGCUGUUCUGGAGAUUUUUUGGUAAAGUAUAUUAAAAGCCUUAAAACCAUCUGCACUGUUUGACCUACUUUUUCGGUAUUAUCCUAAAGAUAUAAUGUCUUAAAACUAUGAAUGAGGGUGUUCAUCACAGUGCUACUCAUAAUAUUUAAAAAAUUGCAAAUGAUUAUAAAUGCACAGUUGGGAAAUGGUUAAAGAAAUGAUAAUGUGUCAUAUGGUAGGAUAUUUGCAUAUAUUUUAAAAUACUUUCUAAGAAUACUUGGAAAGGUGUUUGAUAAUGCUAAGGAGGAGGUCAGACCCCCAAAUCCAUUUUGUACAUUAUUUUCAUCGUCUUGAGUGGACAGCCAUUCAGAGAGGCUGAGUUCUUGUUCUGGCUGUAAAUUUAUGUGAGUGAAAUUCUGCUAACCACUUGAAAA